UUGUGAAAAACCAAUUGAAAGGAUUAAUAUUAUAUAUCAAAUGUUUGGAGAGAGAGAGAGCCGCCGACCAACCGUUCAUCAGAUAAACCCAACGGUUUUAUCUCCCGAUAUAAUAAUAAUCAAAUCAAUCGUUGAAUAGCACCCGACAAACACAAACAGCCCUAACCCUAACACUAACAACAAGUAUGCCGUCGGCUAAAUGGUGUAUAGAUCCGGUAUUCCUGUCCAGACAUCCGAUACCGCCGGAUAAAACUGAAAUCUGUGAACUGACUACCAAUGUUAACAAUACAUUGGUCGGUGCACUCAGACAACUGGCCAGUGUUUGCCGUAUAUCCGAGCGAUUGUUUGCCGAUAUUAACGAUGAAUGUCGACAGCUGUGCGAACGAUCGAUUGGACUGAAGUUUCGGGUCGACCGGUGCCGACAAGUGGUCGACCGAUUGAACGCCAAGGCCGUCACUGUCCCAUUGGGUACACUCAAUGAUUUCAUGCAAAUCGAUAGCCAUCACCRAUCGGCCAACACUGUCGACCAAUGUUUGUUCCGAUUGGAUACCCGACCCCARUGUAUACGCGAUGCCUAUCUGGCCGCCGGACUCACACCACUGCAUAUCAUUCGGUCRAUUGACUCGUAUCGGGACGACGGCCGAUGCGGUAGUAAACUGUUUAUCUGUCAGCCAGUAUUCGGCGAUAAUGGUCACCGAAAACGGGUCAACUUUGACAUCGAAACCAGACGGCCGGCAAGUUUGGUACUACCCUAUGAACUGCCGAGGAAUGUACUAAUAGAGAGGGCUAAGACACCAUUGUGUAGUAGCCAUCACGUUAUACUCAACAACAACAACAAUAAAGACAAUAAUACAUCAUCUGAUGAUCAAUUGUUUGGUGGACACAACAACAACAACAACAACAAUAGUCUUAAACGUCAUCGUCAGCGACAGGUGCUGUUCUCSAGUACCGAAACUACCGAUAGCUUUCCGUUUCUAAGGGAUAUCGGUAUCGAUGUCGACGGYAUAUAUCAACGUCUAAACGAUGAUGACAUCCUCGACGACGACAACAAUGAUGACAUCCAGGUUGUCGACGAUGAGACUGGCGGUAGUCAUGAUGAUGAUGAUGGCGACCAUACGUCCCGCGAAAACCCGUUGUACGGCCUUAUAUCGCCCGAAGAGCGUAUGCAAGUCCUGUCCCAGGAGUUUCUUCCAUCCAAAUACAUACCAAUCGAUGUUACCGGCGCUGCCUUUAAUAGGAUGUCCACAAUGAGACGAUCGCUUAUACAUACGGAUUUUCUAAUUAAGCGCAAAAAGUCGACCGCCGGUAAAGGUGGCCACAAAUCGCGGGUCCGGCGCCGCAAUACUAUAGCACAGGGAGGUCGAGAAGCAGCCGGUGGUGUCGGUGGUGUCGGUGCUGCUGGCGCUGGCCGUAGCGGUAGUGGCGGCGGUCAUCGCCAACGGCGCCGAAGUACCAGUUCUAUAGACUUUGUUCAUACGUCCUGUCAGACAGAGUUUGGCGACGAAUCGGAUAUUUACCGAACCGGACGUAUUGUCGACCCGAAGACUAAGUCGGAGACGAUGUCAAAGAUAACAUCGUCAUCGGCGGCGACGACGACGACGACGAUGACAACCAUAACCAAUGGUGACUAUAAUAACAAUAAUAAAUGUGAGGAUCAACUGCACCAGCAAUCACAACAACAGGUAAACAAUAAAAUCAAACUGAAAGCCGAAGUACACCAUCAAUACGAUUGCCGAUCGUUGGAUAAUCUUAGCGAUGACCAGAUAUCGUCGUCGCUGAGACACCAGUCGGUCGGAUCCAAUACACCCGAAGACUUUAGCGACUUAACUGAAUCUAACGACAAGCUUAUCGAUGACGAUAACAACAACAACGACACCAAUCGCCACAAUUUGAUUGGUGUCCGCAAUCUGAAUAAUACUACUGCCCGUCGGCUUAGUGUCCGUAUGAGAGGCGGAGCCGCCGGUGCUAAGAUCGGUACCAACAGUGAUGGCCGAUCGUCGAGCGGCAACUGGAGUGCCAGCAGUUCGACGCACGCCUCGGAAUCGGUAUCUUCGGAUAAUCUGCUGCUAAACGGCGGUAGUGUCGGUACCAGUAGUGGCCAACAGUCGCCAUUAAAACACCACCAUUUGCCCCAUCAGUUGUCCAAUAGUUCGCUGGGCAAGGAUUCGGUUAUUUCCGACAGCAAUACCGCUCAGACGGCACAGACAACUGAAUCGGAAACAACAACAACGACGACGACUGGCGGUCUGGUUUCGGCCUCAGAGUUUAGCUAUGUUGUUGUUGGCGGCACGCAGUCACCAACGCCACCCGAACCCAGUGUCCGCAAUUCGGUGGUUAUCCGGACUCAGAACGGCGGCGGUACGAUUGAUGGCACCGCCGCCGCCGCCGGMAACAAAGCCAAGUACGCCAAUCGGGAUUCAGAAUCGUGGUCACAGUUCUACGAUCGCGACGACUCGGAUACCAUAACACCGACGCCAACCGAAUCUACCGAAACAACAAGUGGACAGUUGUCAACAGAGACGACCCCACAAAAACCGCUGAAAUCGGUAACCAUUAAUACCAGUCCGCCAUCCAAUGCAAGUAACUCUGUAUGCGGCGGCGGCAAUAGUAGUCGGCGAUCAAGUAUUUCGGCCAAAAACGGCGGUGCAAUCGGUGACGAUGAAGUCGAAUCAGUCUAUUCAGUGGACAACGACGGCUACUAUACGUCAAUGCAUACCGAUUCGGGACUGUUUCGGCUACCAAUCAAACUGAUGAUUACGCCGAACAGUUCUUUCCGUUUGAAAGGCAAACGCGAUUCAAUUGCAUCGGUUUGUACUAUCGGUGACAUCAGUAUCAAUAGUAUACUAUCGAAAACGGAAACCGAAUCCUCAACGACAACACUGACCAACUUUAGCGGCCGCAGUAGUCUGAGUAGUAGUCGGCGGCGGCCACGUAUGCCGCCGCCGCCACCACCGCCCCGAGUGUCCAGUAUGUUACACAACAUCAGGCACUCAAUUAUCAGUAACAAAACUACGACAACAACGACGACGGCCACUACCGAUACUAUUAGCGAAAAUGCCAGCACUAGUUCCCGAUCGCAUUCGCCAUCGCCCGGAACUGUAACCUCCGAAUCGUCCGAACAGUCGGACUUUUUUGCCUCAUCGGCCGUCCAUACGUUGAAAGCCAAAACAGCGAUCGACUCGAGCGGCUAUCCAUCCAUGUGUGCAGCCAUUACAUCGACGGAAAACAGUGACGACUGUCGCAGUGGUAACAGUUCGGAUAGCGGAUCCAUUGGCCACCAUCAGCAACAUCAUCGUAAUCAUCGGAUGACACCAACCAGGAAAAUGUUACGAUCAAAGUCCGGUACCUACAGAGGCUUUCGUAUCAAAGAUAUCUUCGGUUUCGGUCAUUCGGCCAUCAAAGAAGAUAUUGCCGAACCUUCAUCAUCAUCAUCGCCGACUCUGACCAACGCCACUACACCGCCGCAUAUUGCAACCAUACGGCGACCCCAGAGUCCGCUUCGGUUUAAUAUGUAUACGGCCGGCGGUGAUGGUGGUGGCCAUCAUCGGGUCCGGCGUUUUAUCGAUAAAUUCAAUGCCAAUCAGUUCCACUUCCAGGACGAUGAGGACGCCUAUCAUCRGACGCCGAACAUUGUCCGCUUGAAUGCCAUCUCGUCGUUUGCCAACGAUUCCAGUAGUGAAAAGAUCUCAGAAGAAGUAGAAGAUCCCGAACCAAAUAGUACUACCAUUGAUGGUGAUGGUCAUGAAGACAAGCGCCACAGCACCGGUAGUGGUGGUAGUGGUGGUGGCGGCGAUCAUACAUUCAAACCGAUAGUCAGCAGCGGCGGUAACAUUAGUAGUAGUAAUAGUAGACCGCAUAUGAAAUACAAUUAUCGCAAAUGUUUGCCAUCGACAGCAAAAUCUGGUCUACAAAGACAACAACAACAACUACUACCGCAUCCAAUGCCAAGAAACGUGCCCAUACCGCCAGUGCCCAAAACUAACGGUGCUAUGAUGUCGCCAACCGAUUGGCUAUCAUCGGUACAUCAAAACAACAGUAGUAGUAGUAGACCUCAACAACAAAUAGUGCCCAAAACUAAUACACUAUCAAAGUUGUUAUCUUCGGGUGCCAUCACCACCACCACCGCCUCCUCAGUCGCGGCCAACACCUCCUCUUCCUCCUCAACAGCCAUUAUGACUACUAGUGAUACACCAGACACCAGUGUUGUUCAUCAUACAAACUAUCGGACCACUCGGUCGGCCGGUGCCCGGGUCCGACUGGAUCCCGAAGGCGAAGUUAUCUAUUCGUCCAAUUCGUUGGGUCGCCGACGGGACGGACAUCCGAUGAAAUAUCAGGAACGAGUGGACAGGACGGCGGCGAAAGCCUUGACAGUGGCCGCCUCUACAGCCAUUGGUGGCCAACAACAACAACAACAGGAGCCGAUGAGGAGCUCAACCCUACCGAGACUGUCAUCAAAAACGCGUAUCUCUAGUCCCAGUCCUACAACUAGUACUACUACUACUACACCAUCAUCGGUGGGGUCGGUGUCUAAACAAGGCGCUGUCGUACAUAUGAAAACCAAUGGCACCAGUGGUCAGAUCAUAGCAAACACUACCACCGCCAGCACAGGUACUACCGGUGCUUAUUCAGUGGACAGUAAUCUAAGCCAACAUAACAAAGUCAUACGACCUCAUCAUCAUCAUCAGCAACAACAACAACAACAAUAUACCAGUUCUCUAUUGCCGUUGGAUAAGCUAAGCCAACACCAAUCCCAGCACCAGCACCGAGAUAUCAGUUCAGCCAAUAGUCAACAAAACAAUGAGUCCACGGCCUCAUUGCCAGCCAGAAGUAGUUCACGCGCCUCGUGCGCCACACCUGUCACUGUAAACAACAACAACAACAUCAAUAGCAGCCAACAACAACACCAUCACCAGCACAGCCCCAAUAGUAGUAGUAGCGGUGGUGGUAGAUGUGUAACACCUGUAACCAUCGUAAGGACCAACCGAUCGACAACACCAACACCUGCUCCUGUAUUACAGUCGAUCAGCACAUCUAACAGUGUUAGUGGUAGUAGUAGUAGUAGUAGUAGUAGUGGUGAUAAUCGGAACAGUUGUGUUCAACAACAACAACAAAAACUACUAACCAAUGGACACCAUUUGAAUGAAACAAUGAGAACAACUACAACUACUACCUGUCCAUCAUUAACAACAACAACACCAACAAUCAUUAACCGAAAACAAUCGGAUAUUAAUGGUUUGCCAUCAAAACCGAUAGUGAAUGGCCAUCAUCAUCAUCAGCAGCAGCAGCAACAUAUCAAGCAAGCGGUCAAUACAACUACGGCAACGUCGUCGGCACCGAAACCGGCCGAACGUAUGUCGUUGGUGUUGUCGUCGCCGACAGCUAUGGUAUCGCCGAAAAACAAUAUGAAGACAACGACGACGGCUGUCAACGACAACAAGUCGACGGAUAAAUCGGAUACCGACGGCGGCAGUGGCAACGGUAGUGGCGGUAACGGAACACUUGGACGCCGGGGUCGGCUGACCACCGAAGACCUGUUGAUUAUAAUACACAACUCGAAGAAGAAGCACAACAUCAAGACUGAACCGGAGAUAAUAUUGCCGAACAGUCCGCCGUCCAGUCGGUCGCAUUCGUCGGCGUCCAAUUCGCCGCCACAAUUGGCGUCACAACAACAAUAUAACGGUCGGUUUACGCCUAGCCUACAAUCGCCUACCAGUCCUCCUAGUCGUCUAACACCGCAACCGCUACCUAAUGUUGGCGGAGGCGGCGGAACAACACCCGACAACCAACGGCGCAGUUGGAACGGUUCGGAUACAACGGGAACCACAAGUCCGACAGGCAGUCAGGCCGGUUCGCGUAGGAGUCUGGCAUCGGAUCGAUUGGGACCGCCGAAACCGACCACAAUGAACGACUUCAAGCGGCUACUGUCGCAGACCCGAUCCAAUAGUUUUACCAGCGAUCGUAUGACGGCAGCGGAAAUAUUGCGGGCCAAUGCCAAACGUCCGCUAACACCGGUCAUCAAAUGUAUUACUAGUUUUGUCGGCAGUGCUACCGGCGGCGGCAACAAAAAUCGUGUAACGCCUUCACCGGCGCCUACGCCCACAUCGCUGUUGACGCCCAACAAACUGUCGUCUACUAAUCGGACGACGCCGACAAUGGUCGGAUCGCAGCCGCCGCCGCCGCCCAUAAUCAACUCGGCUAUCAACUCGAAUACACCGAAUCUGGUUAAACCCCGUAUCAUCAAUGGCCGUACCGGUGGUGGCGGCGGUAGUACCGGUAGAGGCCAUCAUCAUCCGGCGUCCUAUCGAUUGGAUAACGUUGUCUGUCAGCCAAUACUGGAAGAUUCGCGCGAAGAUCUAACAGACGCCGAUCGCCGAUCGACAAAAAGUGGCCAUUCGUUAGCGACAACAAACGGUUCGCAUCAUUCAAUUAAUAGCACCGGUAGCCGUGGUAAUAGGCAAUCGGCAAUAACUGUUGCAAAUAACUAUAACAAAGUGCCGGCUAAUCCCCAAAGUACUAGUACUUGGGUUUAAGCUAUUUAGUAGUACAGUAGUGAUGUUAUUAUUAUUAUAGUAAUACUAGUAAUACCCGUCCACCAUGACAUCCAUGUCCAUCAUCAUCAUCAUCAUAGUUAUCAUCAUCACCCACCCCCGCAAUUAGUAUCAACGUGUUAAGUGCACAUACAAACAAUACAUAUAAAUACGGUAUACAUAACAUACCGGAGCUUGUGUUCAAUUUUUGUUACUAUACUAUACCUAUCUAUCUCUCUAUCUAUUUCUAUAUCCCUAUCCAUAUCCCUGUCUCUCUCUCUCUCUCUCUC